AUGUCGGAAGACAUACCAUGGCCACCGACAUCGCCCAAGGCCGCCCUGCUUAGUUCUCCGAGUGGUCGCAAGCGCUACAGCGAGGCAAUGGAUCGAUCUCCGAUCAAGCGUUCCCGCACGACACCUAAUCUGCUGAGCAGGCUGCAGGACGCGCGGAGUGGUGGACAAGACGAGAAUAUGCCUGACAGUGACGAGGAAGACGACGAAGAGACGCUCAAACUGCAAUUGGCUGCGAUCGAGGCAAAGUUGAAAUUGAAGAGACUGCAACAAGCAAAAGCAAAGCCAGAAUCUACGCAACAUGCCUCGAGCAGUCGGCGGACAGAGACAGUACAGAUUGGUCUAUCGCCUACGAAGAGGGCGCCGAUCAGCUUAGAGCCUCGCUCACCCAGCAGACUGCUGCUCGGUAUUGACAAGGGAAAGACUGGCGCUGAUAUGUCUUUGAAGCGGGCCAAAUCGCUCUCAGAUCGACCGGGCACGUCUACUGCGCUCGUGAGGCCAGAGCGGUCACUCUCCAGGGCAUCGCAAUUAUCAUCACGAUUGCAAAGCGCUGCCUCGCGACCGUCGUCACAGACAAGCAGUGCUACUCCGGCUCCGAAGUCGUUCAGUGAGCGCAUGGCAGACGUGCGGGACAAGGACAAGGGAAGAGAAAUCAGAAGGAGUGCUGCCUUGGAGAAUCGUACGUCGAAUUUCAAUUUGGACAAGGAUGAGAUGGAAGAGUAUCGUGCUUUGGCCGAAGAGAAUCAAAAGGCAAUGUCACCUCCUGUGAGGAACGCUAUGACUCAAUCGUACACCAGAGAGGAGAUCCUACAAGCUCAAAGUGCGGCUGGCGGCUCGAAGUUGCGCAGAAGCAAGACCGAUCCGGACCUGAAGAGCAGGCGACCUGUAUCCCGAAGCUCCGAUUCUCACGAACCAGACUCGUCUCUCCAUGAAGGUUUCUCUGGCAUCAGCCUGUCCUCUCGCAUUCUCCCCCACACUUUUCUUAAGCGAACACUUCCCGAGGACGACUUUACCGUCUACACUGUUGCUGAGCUGCUCCGAAACAUCAAAUCUCCCGAGUAUGAACUCCCUGAUGGCGUCGGCGACUACGUAGUCUUCGCCAUCAUUGCGUCCAAGUCCUCUCCUCUCGAUCAGAAGAUCAAAGCUGAAGAGACGUCAAGCGGUACAAAGGACUGGGAGCGCAAAUGGGAUGACGGCAAGCAGAACGCCAAGAAGUUCAUUGCCAUGACUCUCACUGACCUCAAGUGGACUGUCGAUCUGUACCUGUUCGGUACGGCCGUCCCGCGGUAUCACCGUCUCACGCCAGGUACGGUAAUAGCGAUCCUGAACCCCGGGAUUAUGCCGCCGAAGAAAGGCCGCGAAGAGUCUGGUGCUUUCAGCCUGAACCUCAGCAACGGUGAAGACACAAUUCUCGAAAUCGGCACCGCUGCUCACCUUGGCCACUGCACGUCCAAGAAGAAGGACGGCAAGCUAUGUGGGCAAUGGAUCGACACGUCCAAGACCGAAAUCUGCGAAUGGCAUCUCAACAUGCAGCUGCACCGCACCGAGCAAGGGCGCAUGGGUCUGAACGCCGGCAGCCAUGGGUACGGCCAGGGCAGUAAGUCUGGCUCGUCUGGCUUCCCAAGAUUCAACCAGUCAGAUCGUCGCGGUGGACGAUCUGGACGGGGCAGAGGUGGAGGUCUCCUGCCCCGCGAUGAAGGCCAGAAAUUCGACGAGCUAGGUCAAUCCUACUUUGUCUCAAGAGGCACUGCACCCAUCGCACCACCGACCAUGAGCGACAUCAACACUCCGUUCACGACCAUCAACACCGCCCGUACCAUCGACCUUGACGAUCCAUUCCUCAAUGCCGACCAUGUCCGCGACCGCAAAACUCUCAUGAAGAAACGGGCAGAGCGCCAGCAGCAGGAGAGGGAGAUUGCAAAACAUCUCGGCAAGACGAGCUAUGGGAGUAGUGCAGGCGCGGAGUAUAUGCGGCAUCAGUCUGGGACGGCUACGAAGAAAGAGAUGACGGGCAGGGAAGGUGUGGGCGUCAGGCGGGACGCACAGGCGAUUCUCGGCAGUAUUAUGCGGGAUGCAGGUGACGGGAAAAGCAAGAGGACGGGCGAUGAGGUCCGGUUGAGUCCGGCGAAGAGGGAGAAGAAGAAAGUGACGCGAUUCGUCACGGAUCGGGGGAUCAGGGAGGCAGGAAGAGAGAGCUCGGGUGUUGUUCCGGCUAUUAACGAGGACGACGACGAUGAUGACGAUCUGGAUAUUGUGUAG